AUGUUCAGACAGAAGACGAGCACGCUGCUCAUGUUACUGGGUGCCUGCAGUUUCUGCCCGAUCACCAAAAAUGGCCUGAAGAGAACAAGGGACGAGACCGAGAGCGAGAGCGACGAAAUCCUGCGUCCCAACAAAUUCACCAUUGUUGCUGACGAAAGCAACCUCCAACCAGCCAAUACUGGUGGCCUCGACACCGUCUCAAGGGUGAUUGUCCGGACAAGCGCCAUAUCGAUGCCUUCGACACCUCUCAGCCUGCCUGUGGUCACACUGCCGCUGCGCACGCUCUUCGAUCUGCCAGCAGAAAUAUUUGUCAAGAUUCUGGGCUAUCUAGGCCCGAGGUGUUUCCGCAAGAACACCCGCCGCCUUACCAUUUCAAAGCAGUGA